UAAUCUUCACAGAAUUCUAUUUUUUAGUAUAAAUAUUUGUAGGCUGUAAAAAAUGGGUAAACACAUCAUUUUGGUUCAUUUUUGUAUUCUUUCUGGCACGGGUUCAAACGUCUACUGUGCCAACUUGGCACAACAAUGGAAAAGACAAGGACACUCCGUCACUAUCUUCUGUCAAGAUCCCGAUGGUGGUUCCCUAGAAUGGGUGGAUGAAUUUUAUGGACCACAUGACGAGCUUCCAGCUGAUGCUCCAAAAGGUGGAAUCAUCCGCGUGAUAACUCCUGACAUUGCCAACUUACUUCCCUUGUUGGUGUAUGAUGAAUACAAAGGCUAUGAUGUGAAAAUUAUUCCUGAUUUCACUCAAGAAGAACUUGACAGGCAUAUCAGGAUGAUGGCUACAGCUAUCCGCAAAGUCAUCGAUAUGUGGGGUGCAGAUAAGAUUUUGUCCAAUCAUGCUGUUUUACAGCCAAUCAACGUAAAGCGUGCAUUAGAAGGUUGCACCAAGAAAGUUCCGUUUGAUAUCAAGAUUCAUGGCAGUGGUAUUAUUUUCGUAUUGGAGAAACAUCCUCGCUUCAUCCCACUGGCUGUUGAAGCCAUUAACGAAUGUAACAAAGUGAUUGCUGGCUCUCAACACAUUGUUGAUCAGGUGCUGAAAACAUUUCCAGAUUUAGACCUUUCCGAUAAAUUGGUCAUCGUGCCUCCUGGUAUGAACCCAGACGUGUUUGAUUUGUGCACCAGUAUUGAAUCAAAUACAACAGCAUUUUUAAAAGCGUGUGAAGAGCAUAUCAAGUUGGAAGGAAACGGUCGUGUUGUAUCAAACGUGAAGCUGCCAGAGAAAGGCGCGUGGAACGUUGAUUUUCAUAACGAAUUGGUUAAGUUAAGUGAAACAUAUAAUCAGCGCGUAGUCGAUGCUGAUAUUUCUGCGCGAUUCCCAAAAAUCGCUGAGGAUGAACCCAUCAUUACCUACUUUGGAAAGUUUUUGUACACUAAAGGUACUGCUGAAAUUUUAAUGGCCUUCCCCCGUCUUAUUGCGAAACACCCAAAACUACGAUUGAUACUGGUUGGUUUCGGAACAUACCGUGAACAUUUGGAAUUGAUGUUGCAUUGCAUGGUAACUGGAAACAAGGAACUUUUCAAAGCUGCAGGACAUUGCCCUGAUGAGGAAGGUCACACUUUCUUGGAAACUAGCAUUGACAUUGAUGAGCAUUUUAUGCAGAUUACUCAGGAACAAGCCGAUCGUGUUCUGAUUACUGGUUGCCUCAACCAUAAAGAGCUUGGCCUACUUCUACCCAUGGCUUCAAUUUCUAUCGUCGCUUCAAAAGCCAACGAAGCCUUUGGUAUGGUUACUGUUGAAGCUUUGGCUGCAGGUGUUUUACCUCUCUGUGUUUACCAUUCUGGUAUCAAAGAUGUUUUGGACAAGGUUAAGGAAACACAACCAGAAUUGGAAGCUCUGAUGAACAUCCCUGUUGUUCCAGGCGGUGAUUUAGGAACAUCCAACGGUGCAAAUCUCUUAAAGGUCCUACCAGAGAAAGUAUUCACUGCUUUGGAUUAUUUGUACCCGCCCGCUCUCAGUAGCGCAGAAAAAGUGGAGCACCAUAAAAACAUCGCGAAGAAGUUGCGGGAAGUGGCGGAAAAGACGUGGUCGUGGGAUAGUAUUUGCACCACUCUAGUUGAAUUAUAAGUGGUUUUAGAUUAUGACUUUUAGAGAAUUAAUAAUUCAUUACUCCAUUGUAGUUAGGAACUAAAUUCUAUGGUUAGUGUGGUAGUAUGAUCUAUAUAAAUUUCGACUUUUAAUUGAACUUCGUACUUUAUUUUCCUCUAAUGCUAGUUUUCGCGUUUACGCCAUGAAAAGACGUGAAAAUAACGAAUAAACAAUAAAUAUUCGCGAAUUAGUUUAUGCUUUUUAUUUAUUUAUUUUUGCUAUAUUUCUUGUUCAUAAAAACAUUAUUUAUUUCCUCUAUAUACUUUUAAUUUGUAUAUUCGUGAUUUGUAUGCACCGCUACACUACUUCUUUUACUUCUUAUAUAUCUUCUGUAUGCAAAUAAAUUUAAGUCGAAACAAAAA